CGCUGUUUGCUUUUCCAUCUGUUAAAUAACUCUGACGCUACAGUGAUUCAAGGUUCAUUUAGGAAACUGAUAAAUGUGCACAAUCCGCCUCACUCUCACUCCGCCCCUCAGAGUUACAUGCAGCACCAAAACUCGUUUCCGUCUUCAAAUCGCAAAAGUUCCUGUUUACCGAGCAAACAUUCGUCAGAAUAAUCCGGUUCGCCCUUCACACCUCUGAAGUAUGACUCGCCGCGUGGCUGUGGUUGGAGCAGGUAGUUCAGGUCUGGCCUGUAUCAAGUGCUGUCUGGAUGAGGGGCUGGAGCCCGUCUGCUAUGAAAGCAGCGAUGACAUUGGUGGUCUGUGGAGGUUUAAGGAGAAUCCAGAGCCAGACAGGGCCAGCAUCUACCACUCUGUCAUCAUCAACACCUCCAAGGAGAUGAUGUGUUUCAGUGAUUUUCCCAUUCCUGCACACUUCCCCAACUUCAUGCACAACUCCCUCAUCAUGGACUACUUUCGGAUGUAUGCUGAUCACUUCCAGCUCACCAAGCACAUUCGCUUCAAUACCAAAGUCUUGCAGGUGAAGCAGAGAUCAGAUUUUUCUCAUUCAGGCCAGUGGGAUGUUGAGACGGAGAACAAAGAUGGCAAAAAGGAGAAACACAUUUUUGAUGCUGUGAUGAUCUGUAUUGGACAUCACUGCUACCCCAACAUGCCACUACAUGACUUCCCAGGCAUUGACACUUUCAAGGGAAAGUACUUCCACAGCAGAGACUACAAGACUCCUGAGGAGUGGAGGAAUAAAAAGGCUGUGGUGAUUGGAAUAGGAAACUCUGGAGGAGACAUAGCAGUGGAACUGAGCAGAGUCACCAAGCAGCUGUUCCUGAGCACUCGAAGGGGAGCCUGGAUUCUGAACCGAGUUGGGGACAAUGGGAUACCCCUUGAUUUGAUUUUUAACAGGGUGUUCAAAUGCCUGCAGAAAAUCCUUCCCUUCGGUGUUUUCUGUGGUCUGGGAGAGCGCCAGCUCAACCAAAGAUUUGACCACACUCUGUACAAUCUUAAGCCAAAGCACAGGUUGUUCAGCCAACAUCCCACAGCGAAUGAUGAGCUUCCCAACCGCAUCCUAUCUGGAACAGUUCAGGUGAAACCCAACAUCCGCAGAUUUCAGGGGUCCAGUGUGGAGUUCGAUGAUGGGAGUGUAGAGGAAGAUAUUGACCUGGUGGUGUUUGCCACAGGUUACAGGUUUUCCUUUCCAUUCCUGGCCUCACAUGUGGUCUUAGCAUCUGAGAACAAAGCAUCUCUGUACAAGUAUGUGUUUCCUCCUGAGUUGGACCGCCCCACUCUGGCUAUCAUUGGUCUAGUGCAGCCACUGGGAGCCAUUAUGCCCAUCUCAGAGAUGCAGGCCCGAUGGGCCACACGUGUGUUUAAAGGCUGCAUCAAGCUUCCCUCUGUGGUUUCCAUGCUAAAAGAUAUCCAGGACAAGCAGGAGACAAUGGCUAAAAGGUAUGUCACCAGUCAGAGACACACCAUCCAAGUCGACUAUAUCAGCUACAUGGAUGAGAUAGCAGAGCUGGUGGGUGUUCGACCCAAGAUCCUGAGGAUGCUACUGACUGAUCCCAGGCUGGGACUGAAUGUGGUGUUCGGUCCCUGCACGCCGUACCAGUAUCGUCUCAGAGGGCCAGGAAAGUGGGCUGGGGCCCGUCAGGCCAUCCUCACUCAGUGGGAGAGAGUGGCUCAUCCCCUGCAGACCAGGCCCUGCGAUGAGCCCAAACCCAAGAGAUCAUUUGUGUGGCCUCUGAUUCUGUCAGCUGCUGCUGUGUGCUUGGCUGCCUACGUUAACAGGAACAACCUUCCGGCUUUCCUACACGAUCCCACUGCACUGUUGGACAAGAUGAAAGUGUACCUGCCUGCACAGUGAUGUGCAAUUAAUAUUCAAUUCAUAUCUGAUGUGAUUAUAACUGUAUAAUACAUGGCUGACUGGUAGGAACUUGCUGCGUAUAAGAAUUAGUAUAAAUAGCAUAAUUAAAUUGAAUCAAAAUAGAUAUAAAUAUCAAAAGUAAAAGUACACAGUCCAUUAAGUGUUAAAUUCUUAAUAAGGUAAUCUAUAAGCAAGCAGCAGCAUUUUAAUGGUGGUCUGCAAUUUUGUAUACUGUUACAGUAAUUUAAACUAAAGUUAUGCAUUAUAUUUCAUAAGCUUACAUGUAAAAUCUUUAUCUGGAAAAGAUGUAGUAAUUACAGCCAAUAGUAAGAAAAUACAAUAUUUCCCAAAUUUUAGUAUAAUGUCAGACAAAAGGGAACUACUCAAGUAAAAGUACCUCAAAAUUGUACUCAAGCACAGCACUUCUUUUUCUCUCUCAAAACCUAACCAGCAGCGGCGGAUGGCUGCCCACCAUUGAGUCUGGUUCUGUCCAAGGUUUCUGCCUCUUAAGGAAGUUUUUUUUUUUCUUGCCACUGUCGCCAAAUGCUUUCUCAUAGUGGGAUUUGUUGGGUCUCUGUAAAUAAUACUAUAGAGUACGGUCUAGACCUGCCCUAUAGGAAAAGUGCAAUGAGAUAACUUCUGUUAUGAAUUGGCGCUAUAUAAAUAAAACUGAAUUGAAACUUAAGCAAAUGUGCAUUACUUUGCACCCCUGGCAGUUUCUAUUCCAUUACUCCAUCUCCAGGCGGGACCUUGAACUAAGAUAAUGUACGCUGGGCAAUGACGCCACCUAAAGGCAGCUUCAGAAUCCAUCUACAUGAAACUAUGUAUGGUUUAGUCCUUCGUGUGUCACGGCAUCAUGCUAGGAUCAUGUGAUUAAGGAUCUCCCUCUGGGAUCUCUUGGCAUCUCUUUGUAGUCAAAGUCAGUUGUUGAGACUCUUUUCUUUUUGACAUGACAUGGUACAACUGCGUGGUGCGAUCCCCCUUAAAUCUGAAGAAUCGGCUAGUAGGCUAUGCAUACAGUAUAUUUCCAGUACAUAUUAAUUUACGGCAGUUCAAGUUAGGUAGAGGUAAGCCCAUUUAAUCUUCUUGUAUUUUUUUUUAAUUCAACAUUGUUUUAAAUAAAAAAAAUAUAGGCCAACAUUUGAUGUUGGUUAGACCUACCUGUUCUGUCGCUAAUAUCUAAGAUGUAAAGUUAGCUCAAUGAGAUAUAUAUAUAUAUAUAUA